AGCUGACCACACUGGGAACAUUUGUUAACGAAACUAUCUGGUACAGCCAUGUCCCGUGGUAUCAGGGAUCAAUAUAUUUAUCGAUUACAGCGUGGAAAGCAUGUGCUGAGGUCAUAUUACUUCUAAAACAUUUCACAGCGGUUGAACCCUUGAAUCGGGUGCGACACCAUGCUAGCCACAGUGACUGCUGUGGUUAGGUUUGCUCAAUACUAUGGCAGCAUUUCACCUACACCACUGGAGAACACAUCAGCAUUCUCAACGUGGCAACCUGAUACCGAAGCAAACAUCAGCAAGCCUCACAAAUGUCUACAAGUUCUGUACGAAGACAUCGGAGACUCCAGGGUGCGGUUCUGGGACAUCUUACUACUAGUGCCUAAUGUGGCAUUCUUUGUAUUCCUGAUGUGGAAGCUGCCCUCAGCCAGGGCAAAGAUCCGACUCACCUCCAGCCCCAUCUUCGUCACCUUUUACUUGCUGGUGUUUGUUGUAGCAGCGGUUGGAAUCACCCGGGCCGUUGUGUCCAUGACUGUCAGUGCGUCCAGUGCUGCCACCAUUAUAGACAAAGUGCUGUGGGAAAUCACCCGUUUCUUCUUGCUGGCCAUUGAGCUCAGCGUUAUCAUUUUGGGACUGGCUUUCGGUCACCUGGAGAGCAAGUCCAGUAUUAAGCGUGUGCUGGCUAUUACUGCUGUGCUGGCUCUAGGCUACUCAAUCACACAGGGCACACUAGAGAUCCUGUAUCCAGACAGUCACCUGUCCGCUGAGGACUUCAACAUCUACGGUCACGGAGGACGGCACUUCUGGCUGGCCAGCUCCUGCUUCUUCUUCCUGGUGUACUCUUUGAUUGUGAUCUUACCUAAAACUCCAGUGAGGGAGAGGAUAUCUCUUCCAUCUAAGAGGAGUUUCUAUGUGUAUGCUGCCAUCCUGUCUCUACUGAACCUCGUCCAGGGCCUGGGCAGUGCUCUGCUAUGUGCUGAAAUCAUAGAAGGACUCUGCUGCGUGGAUGUCACCACCUUCCUGUACUUCUCCGCCUUUGCGCCACUCAUUUAUGUCACAUUCCUCAAGGGCUUUUUUGGUUCAGAGCCCAAGAUCCUGUUCUCCUACAAGUCACAGGUGGAUGAGCCGGAUGAAAGUGACGUCCACCUUCCCCCAACCGUCGCUACAACCCUUGGCCGUAAGGAGAUGACUGACCAGGGCCUUUUUUACUCCUCCACCCAGAUCGAUGGCUCUGGGCCCGGUAGCUCUCGUAUGGUUGGAGCAUACCUGGAUGAUGUUGCUUCCGGACCCUAUGGGUCCAGCAGCGUUAACAGCAUUGAAGCGGACCGCUGGAGACCCAUAAAUGUAUGAUUCAUUGAAGAGGGGUAAUGGAAGAAGAGAGAUUGUUAUAUAGAUGGACUUAAAUGUUAUACGUGUGUAGUGUGUUAGGCAGGGUGGCGAUCAGAGGAGUUGGCCAAGACGCCAAGAAAGUGUCACCUUGUCUUGCUUUGAGGCCAGGAUAAGUUAACAAGUGGACACUUAAGGAGAGGCCUUUGCUAGCCAAUUAGCUGGAGAACUGUGAAUUUAGCAACUGCUUUUGUAACGCUGUUACCGGAGUGCACUGCUGCUGUAGCUCCACACUGGGAGUGCUGUCCCUGAUUGUGGCCCUGACAGACUUGGUUCUGUUCCACAGGCUCUUAAAUGUGGGAGCUUUCUGAUUUUUUUUUAAUUUUUUUUUUAUCAUUUCUGCAUUCAUGCAUCAACUUCUCAGUUACAACCCUGUUUUAAAUAGCCAUGUCUUCUAACAUUCUUUUGACAACAAGUCAAUGUCUUACGUACAUUCCCACUAAAAGCUUUGAGCAACAGCAGCUCAACUGACCUUGUUAUCUGCUGCCUUGUAUUAGAUUUGUGACACAACCAGCUAAUCAUUUUUUUUUACUGAAUCACCGUGCCUCUACACAGAACAAGGAUUAGUGCUGAUUCAUUUUGAUAGGUGUACUCUCAAAUAAGUGCUGUCCCUCCGGUGAACAAGUGAUGGCAUAGUGUUAUGCUAUAUGAUAAGGAAAUCGGUAACUCCUAAAUACAGGCACGGCAUUCAUGUUAAAGAUCAUAAACUAUCUGUAAGGCUCUCUGCUAGGAAUGGCUUAGACACAGGAGUACAUCUUAAAUUAUGUCUCAGCCACAAGCUCUCCAUCUGUCUUUUCUCUCCUCUGUUAUUUAUUUUGUGCUUUUGCUUUAAUUUCUUAAACCACAUUAAUCAUUCCUUCCACUGAAAGCACAUUUAUUAGCUUUACAGUCAUUAAAGAUGUGUUGUAACGUGUGAUUUGAGCAACAAAUGUGCAGAAACCUUUUUUGUGUGUAUUCCAAAUUAGACAUGCCCUCAUUUCAUAUCAGCGUAUCAAGUUCAGCUUUGCUUGCUGUGAAAGGGUUACUGUUGCAAAGUUUAGUUUUUAUUUCGCUGCCAAUUUCUUAUUUUCCCCUGUGUUUGGAGUUUCCACUAAUGUUAUUACAAGUGGUGAAAUUAGACCAUAAACAAUAUUGCUCAAUUUUACAAUAUCAACUGAUGGUAUUGGUACAGCUUCAGUAUAUAGAUAUUAACUUUAAAUUCCCUUGUUGUGUCAAGGGCAACUACUGGACUGUUGCAGAGCAAAUUUUCCAUUCUGAUCAACUUAAGCUUCUAGUUGUUUGCUUUUUGGUUCAACUCCUGAAAUAAGUUCUUGUCAUACCUCCUGGUGUCACUACAAUAUUAUACUUUACUUAACGUAUGUCUACCAAAGACAUAUGAUGUGUUUCUUCCUGAAAAUGCUAUGUGUUUGGAAUGAAUGGAUUACUGCAUUUAAGCUAGCAGUAUUCAUAGAUAAUGGAGACCUGUAUGCAGAAAAUAGUAGUAAUUUUUUAAUCAUUCAAAAGCAAGAACACAGUAAAGAAGUUGUGUAUUUCCAAGAAAUUACAGUAUUUGCCUGACCCUUGAAAUAUUCCAUGUUCAGGUUUGAGUGCUGGUGAGAACUGUUGUAGUUACCUGGAGGUAUAGUGAAUAGUGGGACAUCAGUUUGUGUUAUGGAAUGUCCACUCUCUUGCUGCACAAGAUGUCUGAUGUUGAAAUAAUUUUGCAAAUCAUCUGUAAAUUGCCUUUUUAUUUAAGUGCAUUGACUGUAUAAUAUUCAGACCAUAUUAAUGCAAUGUAUCGAGCGUUCCAUGACCUACAGAAUAAACCGUGGACUCUUUUA